UCUUGUUUUAUGGAAAAAAAAACAAACCUGCAUUUUUAAAUGAGAAAAAAAAAAAAAUCCCUUAAAAUGAACAAAAUGUCAUCCUAAUGAUCCUCCUGAUCCCCCUUUUUUGGGAGGAAAAGCCCCCAAAAAAUCCGUGAAUGGCAAAUUCCUGGUAAAAUCCAGCAGGAUGGAUCCAUCCCUCCCUGGGACCCCCACCCUGGGCCACACGAAGGGUUUUGAUUCCUCCAAAUUUCUCCUUUGUUUUUGUUUCCGUUUUGUUUUUGGGGGUUUUUUUUUGGUUUUUUUUUUUUUUUUUUACAAAAUCUCCUCCCGCAGCCGGAGCCGCCCCCACCCCCCCAGCUCAGCCAGGGCUGUGUCCCCUCUGUCCCCAAAGCCCCUCCCCGGCUCAGAGCCCGAUCCUCGUGUGGAAAACCCUCGGGAAAAGCUCUGGGGAACGGGAAAAGGCAAAUCGGGAUGGAUUUUGGGCAUCCCCGGGCAGGAGCCGAUCGGUCCCGGAAUUCCAGCGGGAAUUGCCCCAGGAAGAGGAGCCGGGCUCGCAUCAGCGCCCGCGGGGGCCGUAGUGCAAAUCAGAGCCGGGGACAGCGCUCGGUGCUCGGGGGGAGCCCCGGGGCACGGCCCGAGCUCCGGCCUCGCUGGGAAUGCUCCGAACCCUCCUCGGGAUGCUCCGAACCCUCCUCGGGAUGCUCUGAACCCUCCUCGGGAUGCUCCAAACCCUCCUCGGGAUGCUCCAAACCCUCCUCGGGAUGCCCCAAACCCUCCUCGGGAUGCCCCAAACCCUCCUCGGGAUGCUCCGAGCCCUCCUCGGGAUGCUCCGAGCCCUCCUCGGGAUGCUCCAAACCCUCCUCGGGAUGCUCUGAGCUUUCCUUGGGGCACUCUGAGCUUUCCUUGGGGCACUCCGAGCUUUCUUCAGGAUGCUCCGAGCUUUUCUUGGGAUGCUCCAAACCCUCCUCGGGGCACUCUGAGCUUUCCUUGGGGCACUCUGAGCUUUCCUUGGGAUGCUCCCAGCCUUCCUCAGGAUGCUCCAAACCCUCCUCGGGAUGCUCCAAACCCUCCUUGGGGCACUCCAAGCUUUCUUCAGGAUGUUCCGAGCUUUCCCCGGGCUGCUCCGAGCCCUCCCGUUCCCAGCGAGCUCCCGGCCCCGUCGCUGCCGCUCCGUCCCUGUGUCCCAGCCGGGCGAGAGGAGCCAGGGAACCCUUGGAGAGCUCGUGGAGGUCCCGUCCCCGCCGAGCGAACCCCGGGAUUCUCCUCGCAGGCCCGGGGGGGGCUGUGGGAGCCGCCCCCGGGGUGAUCUGAGUGUCCAUCCCAAUGUCCGGCCCUUCCCGGGAUCGGGGGGUCUGUCCCGCAGCGCUGGGGGGGCUUCACCCCCUUCACGAGGGGUCCCGAAAUCG